AUGACGACCCUCCCCACGUCUCGAGGCUUCCUGACCUCACUCCUCAACACCCUCAUCAAACCCGCUCCUCCACCAACCCAGCCCAUAGUUGAUACACCAUAUGACGCGCCCACCAAUCCACCGAAAACUCUCCCUUCAUCUCAUAGAGCACUCCUCACAACGCUCCACGUCCUCUUUCCACCGCCCAUGCUCUUACAAGCACUCGACUUGCUGGAUCGAAGUCUAGUCACACGUCUCAUCUCUGCUCGUCCAAUAAGUGGAGAGCUUGCGGCCGAGCCAGUGAUUCCACAACUAGAGCAAGAAGUCUGGCCACCCCAGGCACACAUUCAUCUCCCAUCUUCCUCCUCAAACCCACGACCCGAUUCAGGUGAAGGGGGAGAGAAGAAAGAUGUAAUGUACUUAGUCCGCUCCUCGCAACCUACAAGAGGGCGCUAUGCUACUAGUUCCGGAGGCACGGUGUAUACGGUUCACCUUGAGGCAUGGAAUUGUAGUUGUGCUGCUUUUGCGUUUGCGGCCUUUCCGGCCUCGGGGUCUGGAAAUGUUCGUUGGAAUCUGGAUGGGGAUGGGGACGAGGAUUAUUAUGAAAUGGGAGAUGGGGUUACUGUAAGUGAAAACGAAAAGGAAACGGAGAAAGACUGGGAGUUCGGCGGGCUGAGUCUCGAUGGGACCAAAGAAGGAGGGGAAGGAGUGCCUGUUUGCAAGCAUUUACUUGCCUGCUUGCUAGGCGAGAGAUGGGGCGAUGUUCUUGGAAGCCAUGUGAAGCAGAAGGAGGCUUCGAGAGAAGAGAUGGCUGGGUACGGUGCCGAAGGGUGA